AUCUGCUCUGUUCUGCUGCAGAGAUUGCUACCAGCAGCUAACAAUUUUUGAAUACCUACUGGUGUCAGGCUCCAUUAAACCCUGUACAUACAGUAUCAGGUUUAAUUGUCAUGACUAUAUAGUGUAGUUAUGUCCCUUUGUAGUGAAGCACAGACAGUGUAAGUAACUCUUCUCAGGUAACAUAGCGUAGGAACCUGGGAUUGGGGUACAAACCUGGCUGUUAAAUUGCCCUCUCCGCUCCUCUUUUCCCACUGACAGAGGAGCCCUGUGACUAUAGAUCAAGGACCUGGCAUUAGGCUGAACUGGGCAGUGGAUCCUAGAAAUAGCAGGUAUAGCGCCUGCCAGGAGUAGUUACCACUGCCUGCAUGUAGCACACAGGACGAGACGGGGCACCUGAGACUGACAUUCCUCAGACUCGCUCAGGGUGGAAGGUUGGGUGGAGGGGAUGCCAGAUGCCCUCUGAUCCAUCUAAAUGACGGCCAUCAGUAGUGAGUACUGACCUUGCUGCCGGUCGGAAGGAGUUCAGGGACAGGGGACAGACUUUGCGUCUGGAAGAAGUGCCUUGAGCCAAACCACAGAACAGAAAAUUGGAACCGAAUUAUAUAAAUCAAGGUUAGAAAUUUCCUGUCCAGCCCACAGGGUGGAGUUUUCUCCAUCCCUAACCAUCCUACUGAAUAUAAAGCCUGAUUUGAUGUUAGUAACGAGAAGGAGCAUCUGAUAGGACUCUCAUUUCAGCUCAGCAUCCACCAUGAAUCUCAAGGUACUCCUUGUGUUCCUGGCACUGUCCCUCAUUACCAUUUUUGCCCUGGCCUAUGUCUUGCUGACAAGUAGAGGCUCCAGCCAGCCUCCCCUCUGCCCCGCCGUAUCCCACGGCGCCCAGCCCUGGACACACCAUGGCCAGGGCCAGCUCUUUGCAGACCUGAGCCCAGAGGAGCUGACGGCUGUGAUGCACUUUCUGACCCAGCAGCUGGGGCCAGGCCUGGUGGAUGCCGCCCAGGCCCAGUCUUCGGACAACUGCAUCUUCUCCGUGGAGCUGCAGCUGCCCCCCAAGGCCGCAGCCCUGGCCCACCUGGACAGGGGGAGCCCCCCACCUGCCCGGGAGGCGCUGGCCAUCGUCUUCUUUGGCAGACAAGCCCAGCCCAAUGUGAGCGAGCUGGUGGUGGGGCCGCUGCCACACCCCUCCUACCUGCGGGAUGUGACUGUGGAGCGUCAUGGGGGCCCCCUGCCCUACCACCGCCGCCCUCUGCUGCCAUCCGAGUAUUUUCACAUGUGGAAGCAUUUGAAAGAGGUGGAGCUACCCAAGGCCCCAGUCUUCCUGGCUUCUGUCUUCAGCUACAAUGGUUCCACUUUGGUACCUACGCAUGCCAACCCUCGUGGCUUACGCUCAGGCGACCGAGCUACCUGGAUAGCCCUCAACCAUAACAUUUCAGGUGUUGGUCUCUUCCUUCACCCAGUGGGGCUGGAGCUACUGUUGGACCACAGGGCCCUGGAUCCUGCCCAGUGGGCUGUCCAGCAGGUCUUCUACCUUGGCCGCUACUAUGCAGACUUGGGCCAGCUGGAAUGGGAGUUUAAGGCUGGUCGGCUGGAAGUGGUUAAAGUCCCUCUACCCCUGCCAAAUGGGGCUUCAUCCCUGAGGUCCCGGGUCCCCCCUGGUCCUCUUCCUCUUCAGCUCUCACCCCAGGGCUCCCAAUUCAGUGUACAAGGGAACUUGGUGGCAUCCUCUCUCUGGACAUUUACCUUUGGCCACGGGGUGUUCAGUGGCAUGAGGAUUUUUGAUGUUCGGUUCAAGGGUGAGCGAGUGGCCUAUGAAGUCAGUGUCCAGGAGUGUGUAUCUGUCUAUGGUGCCGACUCGCCCAAGACGAUGAUGAUUCGAUACUUGGAUAGCAGCUUUGGACUUGGCAGUCAUAGCCAGAGCUUGGUGCGGGGUGUGGACUGCCCCUACCAGUCUACAAUGGUGGACAUCCACGUGUUAGUGGGCAGAGGGGCGAUCCAGCUGCUCCCAGGAGCUGUGUGUGUGUUUGAGGAAGCCCAGGGCCUGCCCUUUCGAAGGCACUACAAUCACCUCCAGAGUCAUUUCUAUGGUGGUUUGGCCAGCUCCGCCCUGGUAGUCAGGUCUGUAUCUUCUGUGGGCAACUAUGACUACAUUUGGGACUUCGUGUUCUACCCAAACGGGGCUCUGGAAGGGCGGGUCCAUGCCACAGGCUAUGUCAACACCGCUUUCCUCAGUGGGGGAGAAGAAAGCCUUCUCUUUGGGAACCGUGUGGGGGACCGAGUGCUGGGGGCCGUGCACACACACGCCUUCCACUUCAAGCUGGACCUGGACGUGGCAGGGCUGAAAAACUGGGUGAUAGCUGAAGAUGCAGUGUUUAAGCCUGUCGCAGCUCCCUGGAGCCCGGAACACCAGCUGCAGCGCCCACAGAUGACUCGGCAGGUUCUAGGGAGGGAGGACCUGGCAGCUUUCCCGGUGGGAAGCCCCCUGCCCCGCUACAUUUACCUGGCUAGCAACCAGACUAACGCCUGGGGCCACCAGCGUGGAUACCGCAUCCAGGUUCACAGCCCCCGCGGCUUACACAUGCCUCUGGAGAGCGACAUGGAGAAGGCCCUCAGCUGGGGGAGAUACCAGCUUGUGGUGACCCAGAGGAAGGAGAAAGAGUCACAGAGCAGCAGCAUCUAUUACCAGAAUGACAUCUGGGCAUCCACUGUGGCCUUUGCUGACUUCAUCAACAAUGAAACCCUCUUAGGAGAGGACCUGGUGGCUUGGGUUACAGCCAGCUUCCUGCACAUCCCGCAUGCCGAGGACAUCCCCAACACGGUGACUCUGGGGAACAGAGUCGGCUUCUUGCUCCAACCCUAUAACUACUUUGAUGAGGACCCUUCCAUCUACUCCCCCGGCAGCGUCUUCUUUGAGAAGGGUCAGGAUGCCGGGCUCUGCAGUGUCAACCCCGCAGCCUGCAUUCCCCAGAUGGCAGCCUGUGUCCCAGACCUCCCACCUUUCUCUUACCGAGGCUUUUAACCCAAGGGCGUGGGGGUCACGGUGGGCAUGGGGAGCUGAGACAAGUACCUUCCCUCCUGUUCCCAUUUUCUGCUGCUACUCUGACUCCACCCUCUUGCUGUUUCCUAGGAGGCCAUCUCCGCCCACACCAGAGCCCCCCUUGUCCUUCCGUUAGUUCUGAUUGCCAAUCUCUUUUUAAAAACCUGAAUUUAUACUAAUUACAUUAUUAAAAGAAGUAGAACACCACAGGUCCCACCACACAGAAAUAACUACUGUUCACAUCUGGUGAACGUUCUAGCAGACAUUUGUGCAUGUGCAUUCAAAUGCAAGAAGAAAAUUUUGUAAA